AUGUCAACGACAAACCUUCCAAUUGAUCAAUAUGUGGACUUUGUCAUUCGAACUCCAACUUCUUCCAUGUUACAAAAUUUCGAAAUUCCUUCUUCUCCAGUCAACAUGACGACAACAACAAACACUCGACAAUCAUGUUCAUGUCCCAACUGUGGAUGUAAUGGAGAGAGUCCAUGUCCGAAAACAAUCUCUGCCAAUCGUUGGACCGUUUUGGCAUCCAUUGAAUGUAGUGGACAACAAACAGCUGGCAUUGGAUUGGUGAAUAUUCAAGCGGCAGAUUCGAGUGGUUUUCAAUACUUCCUCGUCGAUUCUGCCAAUAAGGAUAAAGCACUCAAUUCACAACCAUUUUCAUAUUCCAAGUAUAAGAGUAGUCCAAAUCAGGAUCAAUAUGCAAGUUGUGUCUCUGAUGGAAAACCAUCGUAUCGACCCUUUCCAGAUUCAGUCGGUGCUUACAUGAUGGUGAAAAGUAAUAAUUUGAUUACCAAUGCCUUGUUGAGAUUCAAUGUUCAAUUGUCAUGUGUCAUUUCUCCAGCCAAUGUGAUGAGAGUGCAAACUUCCUCUACACGACAAUUUUCAAGACAUUAUGUGGGAUAUCCUUCGACCUUUGCAUUCAGUUUUUUAAACAAGUAUCAAGAUGUUGACACCUGGCAGGAAGGAGUCGUUUCCAUGACAAGUGUCAAUUCACUUCAAACCGGAAGUAUUAGGGCCGGUGUUGGAUCCAUUCAAUACACACCAACCAGUGUUGGUCCCAUGCAAAUGAAACUCAAAUACACACCCAGUCCAUCCGUUUACGGUUCUUGGCAAGAUUUGGAUUCAAGCAUUCAAGUGUAUCAAAUGGCAACGAAAGGACGUAUUAAUCUACAAUUGAAAACAGACCACCUCUCUCCAUUGGAACCAUUCACUGUUGGAUAUAUCGUUUUUGACAAUGAUGGAGUCGUUACUGAGGUUUUGGACUGGUCGAAAUUUAAGAUUACUGCCAAUUAUGAAGAACACGGAGCAAAAGGAAAUGCCAUUUCAUGUUCACCUCCAAAUACUUUACAUGGAGAAGGUGUUGUCUCGUGUAAUUGUUCGGACGUUGUUGGUACCUUUUCAGUGGUCGCUUCUUUUGAUGGAAAAGUUUUGGAUUCUAAAGAGGUUACCAUUCUUGAGGACGAGGUAUUGAUCUUUUGGUUGACUCCAUCUCAAUGGGCUGUGAUUUUAGUGAUUUGUAUUGCUGGAUGUAUGUUGGUGCUCGGUGUUGCAGCAGGUAUUGUUGCCGUUGUCCGUUUUAUGAGAAAUAGAGCAAAGAAAGAUAUGGUGAAAUUGGAGGAUCCAGUUGAGAAGGAAGAAGGUGAUCAUGUGGAUGAACAACCAUUUAGAAAUGCUAAUAAUUGA